GGGCUGUCAACACAAUGGGGUCCUUCAUUUAGCGCCAGUUUUAGAUUCUCUCAUCGUUGAACAGUAGAAGCAAAGCUGUGUUCAGUAUGGAUUUACGUAUGUAUUAACGUUAUAUUAAACUUUUAAACAAUCCAUAAACAUCUGCGACGUAACGGCACUCUUCCUGAUAAGCAGGCCGAAAUCUCACGACUUUGAGCACGCUUGUCAGUGGUACCCAGAUCAUUUAUAAUCCGCACAAGGUCCGACGACUGAAAAUGGAACCAAUUCUUUAUUUAGGGGAGGAUGAUCUGGACCUUUUGACAUCGCUGUUGGAUGAGAAUGAGGACGUUGAAGAUCCACACGUUCAAAAGAGCUCGGUGGAUGACUUGGAUGAUCUGUUUGACAACGAUGACGACGACGUUGAAUAUGAAGACGGAAUCGCAGCGGAGAAGGCCGGAGGGAAGGAUGACGUGGUGACCGAUCUGUUUGGGGAUGUAGAUGACAUCGAAGAUGAGGAGACGGAGGGUGAGCAGCAAGCCGCUGACGCAGAAGACGACGACAGUCUUAACAAGUCGAAAGAGGACUUACAAGAGGAGCUGCGGCGCAUGCAGGAGAAAAUGCAGAAGCUACAGCAGCAACUGUCGGCGUCUCAGAAGCCCCCUCCUGCCUCAGCGGCCACCCCUGGUCGGGGUGCCCGGACUGUGGCUUCAGUCAAGAAGAAGUCCCUCUCGCAGUGUGGGACCCCCGCCAAGGGCUCCGCUACCCAGACCCCCUCGAAGGGGAGGACCCCCGCCAAGGGCUCCGUUACCCAGACCACCGCAAAGACACCCUCCUCCACUCAGAAGACUAAGCUCCCAGCAGCCAAAUCAUCUCCCCCAGACCUGGUUAGAGGAGGCGAUCCCAAGCGCGUGGAGUCCAGUGACUUCUCGGACCAGCUGGUCAACGCCGACAUGUUUAAACGCAAGCCACGCACAGCCCACCUGACCAAACCCAGCACGUCUCCAGAGGACAGAGGCCCAUUGGUGGAAAUCAAGAUUGGCAGCACUUUCCAGCCAGUGGAGCCCCGACCCCAGCCUUCAAACUCCCAACCCAGGCCCGCCCCGCCCCCUGACCCCAAAGACGUGGCAGUGGAAAAGUACUCUGGACUCAGGCUCAGGAACCCACUGGUCUCUUCCUGUGAGAUGGAUCGCAAGAUGGCCGAGCGGCGGUUGAUCCGGCUCUCCCAGUUGCCACAGCGCAUUGUUCAGGAGAAGCUGGAGGACAGCGACUGGGUGACGUUCGCAGUGCUGAUCAACAAGGCCACCAGGCAGGCCAAGGGGAGCGGAAACACGUUCAGCACCUGGACGCUCAGCGACCUCCACGACCUGGAGGUGUGCGUGACGCUGAUGCUGUUCGGGAAUGAACACAAGGAGCACUGGAAGACGGAGGUGGGCACCGUCAUCGGAGUCCUCAACCCCAACCUGAUGAAGCAGAGGGACGGCUACGACGGGAUCAGCCUGUCGGUGGACAACCCCCAGAAGGUUCUGCUGAUGGGCACGGCGCAGGACUACGGCACCUGUAAGGGCAUGAAGAAGAACGGGGACCCCUGCUCCAAGAUAGUGAACAUGUACGACUGCCAGUUCUGCCAGUACCACGUCACAGCCGCGUACAAGAAGAUGAGCUCCAAGCGGGCCGAGCUGCAGUCCUCGUAUUCGGGGAAGGUUCCGGGUAAGGUGAAGGGAGCCGUCAGCCUGAAGGAGCGGCUGUGUCAGGGGGGCUUCUACUACGGGGGGGUGUCCUCCUCCGCCUGUGUCUCCUCUCUGGGCGGGUCCAAGCCCAACAAGUCGACCCAGCUAACCCUGGACUCGCUGUUCGUGAAGGGAGCCUCAAAGCAGGUCGACGAGGCCAAGAGACUGGUGGUAAAGUCGGGCGAGGUUUCCGGCUGCUCGGACGACUUUAAAAGCCUGAUGUCCCAUCAAACACCCGGAGCACUGCAGCUGAAGAAGCACCUGCUGCACGCCAAGACCCCAGGCUCCCCGGGCGGCGCCGGCUCCGGCAUGCAGUCCAUCUCCGCCUCGGACCUGCUCAAACAGCAGAAGAAGAUGCAGCUGGAGCUGUUGGAGAGCCGCCGCCGCCGCGCCGCCGAGGCGCUCCAGAAGCAGGCCGGGCCCACGUCCACGUCCGUAUCGCACCCGACGUCGGCCCCCAGGGUCUCGCCCUCGACGUCGGCCCCCAGGGUCUCGUCCUCUACAUCGGCCCCCAGGGUCUCGUCCUCUACGUCGGCCCCCAGGGUCUCGCCUUCGACGUCGGCCCCCAGGGUCUCGUCCUCUACGUCGGCCCCCAGGGUCUCGCCUUCGACGUCGGCCCCCAGGGUCUCGCCUUCGACGUCGGCCCCCAGGGUCUCGCCCUCGACGUCGGCCCCCAGGGUCUCGCCUUCGACGGCGGCCCCCAGGGUCUCGCCCUCGACGUCGGCCCCCAGGGUCUCGCCCUCGUUGUCGCGGGGGCCCGCGGGCCCUCUGCUGUCCCCCAAGGCGGCCUCUGAGGUGCCCCGAGGGGCCGCCAGGAGCCCCCCCGCGGCCCACGCCCCCACCCUCGGACGGGGCUUCUCGGAGGGCGACGACAUCGUCUUCUUUGACCGCAGCCCGCAGCAGGCUCCGCCCCCGGCCGCACUCGGGCUGUCGGCGGCCAAGAUGGCCGCCCUGCGGAGGUUGAAGGCGAAGGGGGCGGGGCUCGCCAAGGAUGACCCCAACGCCGUGAAGAGGAAGAGGAGCAGCAAGGACGGCGAGAUCAGCGCCCGCGUGGAGAAGAACAUGGCGGCCGUCGAGGGUGAUGAGGCCGAAGAGGAGGAGCCGGCGCAGAAGAGAAGGCGGGACCUCAGCUACAUCCAAUCAGAUGAGUUCCAGAAGAUUCUCAAAGCCAAGUCGCGCCAUCAGGCUGCGCUACAGGCGGCGGAGUACCAGAUCCAGGAGCGUUACUUCGACCCCCUGGUGAAGAAGGAGCAGCUGGAGGAGAAGAUGAGGGACACCAAGGAGAUGAAGUGUCGAGCCGUCUCUUGUAAACAGUGUAAUUACACCUACUUUAAGCCUGCGGACCGCUGCGUGGAGGGGAACCACCAGCUGAAGUGGCACGACGCUCUGAAGCGCUUCUUCAAGUGUCCCUGCGGCCAGCGCUCCAUCGCCCUGGACCGGUUACCCAGCAAGCACUGCAGUAACUGUGGGCUCUUCAAGUGGCAGAGAGACGGCAUGCUGAGGGAGAAGAAGGGGCCCAAGAUAGCAGGCGAGCUACUACAGCCGCGUGGCGAUGAGGGGCCCAAGUUCCUGAACAGCAUGCAGUGAGGUCACUUUGGCCCAAUCCCAUUUCUACCCCUUACCCCUUCCCCUUACCCCUUCCCCUUACGCCUUCCCCUUACCCCUUCCCCUUACGCCUUCCCCUUACCCCUUCCCCUUACGCCUUCCCCUUACGCCUUCCCCUUACCCCUUCCCCUUACGCCUUCCCCUUACCCCUUCCCCUUACCCCUUCCCCUUACCCCUUCCCCUUACGCCUUCCCCUUACGCCUUCCCCUUACCCCUUCCCCUUACCCCUUCCCCUUACGCCUUCCCCUUACCCCUUCCCCUUACGCCUUCCCCUUACCCCUUCCCCUUACCCCUUCCCCUUACCCCUUCCCCUUACCCCUACAAAACAAGGGGGAGGGGGAAGGGGUGGAAAUGGGAUUGGGCCGUUUCCUCUCCCUCAGAUACCUCCCCCCCCCAACAUGGGGACAAAACCCCAAACCCUACUGGAAGUCUCUUAUUUACUGUGUUGUACAGGAGAAAUACUUUUUACAUUUCGUCACAUCCUUUUUUGUUUUUUUUGUACAUUUUAUGAACUGUGAGAUUUUCGUACUAAUAAUGGAUAAUUUAAAUGUUUUUAAAUUUUUAUUCUGUUGAGCGGAGGGAUCAUUAAAUGGUUUACAGCUGGA